UAUUAGUGCUUACUUUUUGUUGUGACUUGGGGAAAUGGGUGAAUGGGCGGACCACGUUUUUGGGAAGGGAUGAAGGUGGAGGAGGAUGGAGGGGAGGGAGGAGAUCUGGGGACCGUAUGGGACCGGCAAUAAUCGCCGUAUGUAUGGGCGGGCUAUAGACGGACGGAGGGGGGCCGGUAGUUGCCUGUGUAAUUGGACCAGACUGGAACCCUGUGCGGGGGUUCGUGUGGAGAUAUGUUUGUGUGUUCCGGUACGUCGGGUACGGCGGGAGCAUCACGGGCGUUGGCGAAUCCAUGUAGGAAGGAAGGAAGGAGGGGAGGGGCGCAGAGGGGAAGGAAGAGGCGAGCAAUAUGUAGAGCGUGACUGGGACUGGCGGGGAUGCAUGGAGAGUCUUGGGUAUCUAGUGGCUGAUCCACUCACUCCCUCGCACUCAUCCCAUCCCAUCCUUCCGUUCCGUGCAUUCGAGGCGGCCCCUGCCUUCCUCCCCGACGGAAGGAAAGCGAGCGAAAAACCCGUUUAUGCGUCCAGGCAGGGAGGGAAGAGGCGUCUCGAUCUCGCAAAAAGCAAGCAAUGUGCAAGCAAUGCAAGCACAAAGUUAAAAGCAAAGUACAUGGAAAGCCAGGCGGGCAGCCGUUACCAACAACUGUGCUUCCUCUCCCCUCCCUCUCAACAACGAGGAACGAUGUCGGCACUUGUUCCACGGGGUCCUAAAUUUCCAGCGGAGCAGCAAGCAGCCCUAUGUUGGCCCCCUACUACACAUGCACGCAGCAUCCCGCACAGGGACGGAGGGAGGAGAGGGGGUAGCUAUCAACGCAGCCACCCUCUAUUAUCCCUUCUUCCCUUCUUCCCCUCUCUUCCUCUCCCCUCCCUCCCAUCGUCCCCCCUCCCCUUCGGCAGUCAGUUCAGUCGGGUCCUGUGCUGCCGUGGACUGAACUGCCGAGUCAUAGGCGCGGUUGUCCGCCGCGCCUGGCAUCUAUCUGGCUGCUGGUGGCUGGUGGCAGGCGGACGACGCUGGAGAGAUAGCUGAACGAGAGGUCCGGUACAUGCCGGUGCGAGGUGCCGCUCGGUAACAACCAGAAGUAAGCUGUGAGCGCGGCUGCCCGCUUUUCCCCUCGAUCCAUGCGAGUGAGAGGAUCGCCGC